ACCAUGGGCAAUCAAGACGUGAGUAAUUACGAGGCGAGAGACAUUUGAAGACAAGUGUAAACGAAGCCUUUUCCAGUCCAACUAUUCCGUUUGUGUAUUGGAACUUCCAGAACGGUUCGCUCUGGAGCGGCAGAAUUCCAGAACGCGCCCAAAUAGCAUGCGGAGCGCGCGGCGCUUCAGGUGUUGGAGCUGAACGGCCGUCUGUCGGUCAGGACCAGAUUGCGAUCCUCUCCUCACCACCCCGUAGAGAGACGCAGAAAGUGGUGUAAGGUAUUUGACCAAUUGGCUCAAAAUACCGAGUGAAUCCAGUGCUGUGUUACUGAUUAGAUUAUUACAAACAAAAUGGCUAAUAUUUAUUUCUUCGAAUUGAUUGCCCAUGGAACACUCCAGCCGUCCCAAGUAGGUUGCUGACGAAAUAAUUUGUUUUGUAUGGAGCCCUAUCGACUCUCUAAACACCAUGGACGUCGUUGAUUACCGGACGGACCUUCGACUUUCGGCAGUAAAGGUCAAGUGGUUUCAAGAUGUUGGCCGACAGAAGACUUCUGGAGAAGAUGACAACAUUUAUGAACUUGUCGAUGUUCAUCUCACCGGCGGGGCGCCAUGGGGAUUCACUCUGAGAGGGGGUCGGGAACACCGCGAGCCUCUCAUCAUAACCAAGGUGGAGGAGGGCAGCAAGGCUGCAGCAGUGAGUCUGCAGGUGGGGGAUGAGAUCGUCAACAUCAACACCAUCCCCCUCAGCGGCACCAGGCAGGAGGCCGUCUGCCUGGUAAAGAGCUCCUACAAGAGCCUGGCGCUGGUGGUGCGAAGGAGUGAUGAACCAGUAUCACGGCCUCAUUCCUGGCACUCAGCCAAGUUGACGGAAGACCAACCAGAGCCCUCUGCCCAGAGCCCCCCUGCCCAGAGCCCCCCUGCCCAGAGCCCCCCUGCCCCCGCCCCCGAGCCGGUAUGGCAGCUGAAACAUGAGGCUAGGCCCGGCCCCAGGUCUGGAGAUCCCGCCAACCUGCGCCUGAUGUCCAGCUCUGUGAACAGCAUGGAAAGACAGGGGCACCCCUCCCCCCCCUUCCCCCAGGGGCACCCCUCCCCCCCCUUCCCCCAGGGGCACCCCUUCGCCCCUCCCCCCCCCAGGCUCAGCAGCCCGACGCCCGGCAAGAGAGACUCCAGCUUCAGCUGCUUCUCUGCCACCUCCAGCCCCCCGGACCCCCCCCAACCCAGCGCCAACAGCUCCAGCACAGAGAACAUCUUCUACAAGGGGCUCCAGAACGAGGCGGCCAGGCCGGGAGAGCGGCCCCGGUUCCUGCAGCUGCCCCUGGGGAACGGAGGCUGGGAAAGCCCCAGAGCCGAGGACCAGCCCGGGUCUCGUUUCUCCAGCUCAGGCCGGUCCAACAUAGGUCCCGUGUGGCACAUUCCAGAGAGGAGGAAAACCUCCCCUUCCUCAUCCUCCUCCUCCUCCUCGCCACCCCCACCCCCUCCUCUACGCAGCGACAGUUUCGCUGCCACCAAGGUCUUCCCCUACCCCGAGGGCCCGGGUGUGUAUGCCCACUCCAAGCUCCAGGGCAGGAGCAUGGACCGGCUGUCGGACACCCACAGGGGCCUCCCCAGCCCCCAUCAGGAGGAUCCCUCGGAGGCCCGACGCAGUUACAACCCCCCUCAGAAGGACUUCCUCCACCCCAGCGCAGCGGCGGAAGACCGCAAACACGACCAGCUCAACCCCAACAAGAUGUUCUCCCAGUCCAGCCUAGACAUAAGGCAGAGCCCGUCGCCCUUCACCCAGCCUCCCCACCACCAGAGGCAGUACAGCGACGAGAGCACCUUCUACCUGCACACCAGGGUGGCACCUCCGGCCAAGCCCCAGAGUGUGGGUAGUUACUACCGCAGCCUCCAGGACCUCCCCACCAACAGCCCCGGUCAGGCCAGGACCUCCACCGCCUCCCUGUCCACCUCCACCAUCGACCAGUACCCAGACCUCGGGGGCCACAUCAGGUACUACUGCAUCACAGCCAAGCAGCCAAGGGACCAGGAAGAGAGCCCAGUCUGGCAGGCCAAGGCAAACGGAGGAGGAGGGGGAGGAGGAGGAGGAGGGGGAGGAGGCUGGAGGAUGAAUGCAGAAUCAAACCGACGCCUCAGUCACAAUGACAAGAGUUCCUCCAGCUCGCAGAUGGGCGGGAAGAUCAGGUACUCUCCGCCUCAACCUCCACCGCCUCACGCCGACAGCAGGGAGCACAACGGACAGUUCAGACCAGCCAAUGGGCACGCGAUCUCAGGCCUGUCCUCCAAUGGCAAGGCCAGCUCGGAGGAGAAGGCGGGUCCGAGGAAGGGGCUCGAUGUGGAGACCCUAGGGAGGAAGUCGUCUCCCAGCGAGGCCAAGGUGAGCCCGCCCAGGGACCUCCCGCAGGACCCCUGGCCGGUGCAGGACGACCGGAGGUUCUGCCCCCAGAAGACCCCUCUGCUCCACAGCCUAGUCCAGGAGGGCAGGAGCCUGGUAGAGAGACCGCUUCCACCGCCGCCCGCCGGCGAAGCCCCCGCUGAGCUCUCAACCGGCAAACUGGCCAGGCGCAGCAACCGCUAUGCCACCACCCUCCGCAACGAGAUCCAGCUGAAGAGAGCCCAGCUGCAGAAAAGCCGGAGCGCGGCCACCCUGAGCUGCUCCGAGCGGGCGGAGGAGAAGACCUCCACCUCCUCCUCCUCAGAGGGUUCCUUCUCCACCUCCUACAAGGACCACCUGAAGGAGGCCCAGGCCAGGGUCCUCCAGGCCACCUCCUUCAGGAGGAGAGACCUGGAGCCCCCUGGAGCCGAUCCCCCCGCGGGGAAGCAAGCGUCCAGCAGCGGCCACGUGACUCGCAUCGGCGGCCGGAAACGUUUCCCCCUGAACAAGAGGAUGCACUCUUUCUCUGAGCCGGACCAGAUCAACAAGGUCGGGGUGGAGGGCGGCUCUCGGAUCCAGACCCCAGGCUCCUUCGUAGACCGACAGAAGUUCUUCGAGACGACGUUGGCACAGCCGGCCUUCUCCAGACCGCCACCGAAGCCGGGCCAGCAGAGCUGCGGCAGCGCCGGCGCGGUGGAGCCAGGAGAGGGCAGAGGACAGGGGACCCUGUCAGGGGAGGCCCUGGAGGGCGGGAGGCUGGCUCAUGUUGGGGAGCCUUCCUCCUGGCUCCACCCCCAGGGCCCAGACCCCAACCCCCUCAGCCCCCGCCGCAGGCAGGCCCUGCUGGACCAGCAGAGGCUGGGAACAUUCGCCGAGUACCAGGCCACCUGGGGCAUGCAGAGGAAGAGCUCAGACACCAGGACACAGGGGAGGUACCACUCUGCUGAGAACAUUCUGGACCCUGAGGUCGAGGAGAAAUCGGUCUGUGUGCACGAGAGGUCACGCUCGUCACCUUCUGCGAACUUUCAUGGACAGAACCCUCCUGUUCCCUGGAGAGAAGCUGCAGACCAGUCCUCCCUGGAACACAGGCGUGACCAUCCCUGCUACCCCCAUAGAGAGACCAGUGAGUGUGGAGGGGGAGAGAGGCCAGCACGGUCUCCCCAGAUCCCUCCCUCGUCUCCUCCCUGGAGCCACUCCUGUUCCAGACAGGCCACCACAUCCCCGCCCCCCGACCACGCGCUCCAGCCAGGCCCCGGAGACCACGCCCCCACGCUCCCCCUGAACCCCCACAUCCCCAGCCCUGCGUCUCCAGCCAGCCAGCCUCCCAAGAGCCUCCCCCCGCCACAGAGGCCGCACGUGGGCCUGGAAACCACAGCCUCCUCCCUGGAAUUCCUGCCUGACGCACAGGCUCAUCCAGGGCUCUGGUCCAGCCACCCUGGCACCCAGCUGGAUCCUGCCCCAGUCAGGGGCUCCUCUCUGGGCACCGCCCUGGCUCUCGCUCCCUGCCCUGGGAGGGGCUCUGGUCUGGAAGCGGGGAGACGGCCAGAGGGGGAGGAGGAGGCGUCAGAGGAAGAGGAGGGGCAGAGAGGAGCUACAGAGCCACCGCCCUCCUCUUCCUCCUCUUCCUCCUUCGCUCCUCUCUCCUCCAAGCCUGCAACACACACGCUGAGAGCUCUCUCGUCAGACGGGGCGCGUUCCCCCUCGACGCACGCCGCUCCCCCUCCGAGCGAGGCUCCUCCGACGCUGGUGGACAAGGCUUCGCUCUCCGUGCAGAAUGAGACUCAGACCAGGCCAGCCAGCAGGAUAGAGAGUGUGAUGGAGUCGUCUUGUCCUGAGAAGAAGGCUCCGGUGAAGGUUGUCCAUGCUGAGAGCAGCGAGGAGAGAGAGGGUCACCGGUCUCUGCUCCAGGGUCCUCAGGGGGGCCCAGAAGGUGUCUGCUCCCCGGAGAUCCCCCUAGGCCCCCUGGACCUCCACAAUCCUCUCCCCCACCCCCAGCCCAGCUCCCAUGCCCUGGUCUGUGCCUUCACACGCCCCCUCAGCACACCAGAUACCAGCCCCGCUAAGGAGGCCCUGUCUUGGGCCCCAGACGAGGGCCAGAAUCACAACCAGGACCAGGGGCCUCCGCCUGCCCUCCCUCCGUGCAUCACCGUCCUGGGCCGGCGCUGUGAGGAGGACCUGAAGAGGGAGGAGCUGGCCCGGGACAUCAUGGGCAGGGAUCGCUCCCUGGCUGACAUCCUGGACCAGAGCAGGAGGAGGACCACCAUGGACCUGAUGGAGGGUAUCUUCCCCCAGGGACAGCAGCUCCUGCAGGGGACUCACCAGCGUAGGAAGGUCGGCCCCAAGCAGACCUCCCCCAGGGCCGCAGACAACAGGGACGAAGAGGAGGGUCUGGGUGUGUCUGCCUCCGUCUCCCUGGUCCCCAGCUCCUCCUACUACAGCACGUCUGCUCCCAAAGCAGAGCUCCUCAUCAAGAUGAAGGGCAUGCAGGAGCAGAUGCAGGAGCCAGACCAGGAGGAGGAGGAGGAGGAGGAGGAGGAUGCUAACCUGGCCAGCAAGAAGCAGGAGCUGAUUGACAGCCUGAGCAGGAAGCUGCAGGUGCUGCGCGAGGCGCGGGAGAGCGUGCAGGAGGACGUGCUGGACAACAACGCGCUGGGCCGCGAGGUGGAGGCCACCGUGCAGCAGGCCUGCAGGCCCAACCAGCUGGACAAGUUCCGCAUGUUUGUGGGCGACCUGGACAAGGUGGUCAGCCUGCUGCUGUCCCUGUCGGGCAGGCUGGCUCGCGUGGAGAACGCCCUCAACAGCUUGGAGGGGGAUGCCCCCGCUGAGGAGAAGCGCACGCUGAUGGAGAAGAGGAAGCUGCUGAUUCGCCAGCACGAGGACGCCAAGGAGCUAAAGGAGAACCUGGACCGGCGGGAGGGCGUGGUCUACUGCAUCAUGGCCGCCCACCUCUCUCAGGAGAGCCUGGACGACUACCAGCACUUCGUCAAGAUGAAGUCGGCCCUCAUCAUCGAGCAGCGCAAGCUGGAGGACAAGAUCAAGCUGGGCGAGGAGCAGCUCAAGUGUCUGACUGACAGCCUGCCUCUGGAGCAGAGGAUGCUGUUCUGAACCUCCACAGCCUGCACAGCACUGGACUGUCCACUAGGGGGCGUUUAGGACCUGCACAGCACUGGACUGUCCACUGGGGGGCGUCUGGGACCUGCACAGCACUGGACUGUCCACUGGGGGGCGUCUGGGACCUGCACAGCACUGGACUGUCCACUAGGGGGCGUCUGGGACCUGCACAGCACUGGACUGUCCACUAGGGGGCGUCUGGGACCUGCACAGCACUGGACUGUCCACUAGGGGGCGUUUAGGACCUGCACAGCACUGGACUGUCCACUGGGGGGCGUCUGGGACCUGCACAGCACUGGACUGUCCACUAGGGGGCUGCCUGGAGCUGUAUUUCCCUGGUCUGACCACUAGGGGGCGGCCUGGAGCUGUAUUUCACUGGUCUGACCACUAGGGGGACUGGUUCUGUGGCAUUGCAACAGUGGAGCGGUUGCUGUUUAAUCUAACCAACUGGUGAAACUGAGAGAGUGUGUAUCAUGAUGUAUGUGUUUGAAUGAUUCUCUGGGAAGUCCAGGGCCUUGAAUGAGGUCGACUGUCUGUUUUGUAUCAUUCAUGUGUUUAAUAACAGGAUAUGUUUUUAGUAAUUUAUUGUAGACUUUUGAAUAUUUCCAGAACUUUUGAAAGGGCCUCUGAUGCACCAUCAUACACUAACAUACUCAACACACACUUAUUUUCUAGUCAAGGUUUUGUGAAAACAUAACCUGUUUUCCUGGAUUUCAAGAUGUCUUGGUUUUGAUCAGCGGUCGGAAAUGUGAUUAAGCAUAGUUACAUAUUGGAUAACUUGUAUACAUUUAUAAACACAAACACCCUUAGACCAUGACACAGCAACAUUUGUGUUACCUCACCUUCAUUUCUGCCCUGACAAAAUCCCUUUUCUAUUUCUGUCUUUGUAAAGGGAUUGAUUUUCUGUCUGUUGUCAUAAAUGAGCUUAAAGGUCAUUGUACAGAUGAAAUGGCUUUGCGAGCCAUAUUGCGAGUUAGCAGCACUUUAGCCCUGAAUGUCCCCCUGGACAGAGCCCUAUACCAACACCAACCAGUGCCUGGGCAUAACACCAGGAACACCACAGACUAGGAUGUAGGUGUGCACUUGUACUGCAUUACGGUGUAAACCCAUACACACAGUGUAUUCUCAUCCAUUUGAACUCUAUUUGAAAUCAAUUUAAAAUAAUAAAAAGGUUUC